AUGUGUAAAGCAAGAGAGGAGAUUGAGAAGAGGUUUAGAAGAAAUAAGUUGAAAUUAGAGCCUCGUUUGAAGAUCUUGGAUAACCGUUGGGAUGCACAAUUUCGCAAAAAUCUCUAUGCUGCUGGUUAUUGGUUAAAUCCAUCUUAUAGAUUCAAUCCUGAAUAUGGAAAAAACAAGUCCACCACCCAAGGCCUUUUGGAUGUCAUUGAAAAGUAUGCUUAUGAUAGUAAGGACUUACGAUCUAAAUUAACAGAUGAGAUGACUUCAUUCAAAAAUUAUGAAGGUAGUUUUGAAAGGACAAUAGUCAUAGAAAAUCGAGAUGAAGUUUUGCCAGGUAAAAUCAUAUGA